UAUGUUUCAUUUCUGGCCUAAAUAACUCAUUUACUUAGGAGGAAAGAAUUGUUUUCCUCUCUCUCUCUCUGUCAAUUCGUGAGACUGAAUGUUGGAGGCGCUGUGUGUUUGGUACCAGGCAUAGUGUCACGUAGAGAGAAUCGUCCAUCCCAGAUUACUAGCAAAUCAUCACAUCUCCACACACACACACUGUCCCUUCACCGACACCAUCUCACCGAGAUAGGGGCCAGGGGGCUGAAGACAGAAGGAUAAGGAGAAACGAAAAACCGGCAGAAAAGAAACUAAAAACAGCAACAUUCCUCCCCAUUCUAACGAGUUCAGGAUGAAAUCUGCGGGGACAGGUGAAACGGAGUUGUUCACAGACAGUUACUGUAACAUCUGCAAUGCACAGUUAAUCUCUGAGUCCCAGAGAGUAGCACAUUACGAGAGUAAGAAACAUGCAAACAAGGUACGCCUAUACUACAUGCUUCACCCAGAGGAUGGAGGACCGCCCUCCAAGAAGCUCCGUCCUGAUAACCCAGAAAGUGAUGAUGGAGAAGUGGAUAAGAACAAGUGCUGCACCCUCUGUAACAUGUUCUUCACCUCAGCAAUUGUAGCACAGUCCCAUUACCAAGGCAAAACGCAUGCCAAGAGAAUGAGACUGGUGCUGGGAGAGCCACCGGUACCUCCCAGGACAACAGAGUCUCCUCCUGACGUGCUGCAACCUGUAGCUCCCAUCUUCUCAGGUCCCACCACAGAGAAGUUCUGCCAGCUGUGUAGUGCCUGGUUCAACAACCCGAUGAUGGCCCAGCAGCACUAUGAGGGCAAGAAACACAAGAAGAAUGCAGCCAGAGCCAAACUCUUGGAGCAGCUCGGUGAGACCCUGGAUUCAGAAGCCCUCAGAGCUUUGAAAAGCAGCUACACCUGCAACAUCUGUAAUGUGAUCCUGAACUCGGUGGAACAGUUUCACGCUCACCUACAGGGCUCCAAGCAUCAGAGCAAUGAUGAGGCAAAGGACAAUGGAGGGUCAGAAGCGAUGGCUCGAGCUGUAGUGCGAGGCCGAGGGGAACGGGUCGAAGACAUGAAGGAGCUGCUCCAGGUCACCAGCUGCGACAGGCGGCCAGCCAGAGAGAAAAGAAGCUGGAGGGGUGUGGUGCCCACCUGCCAACUGCACUGUGGGGCCAGACAGGAAGCGGGAAACCUGAUGGGCAGUGAUGCCAGGCUCCAGUGGCCUAAACCCAACUGGGAAGAAUGCAGGGAGGUUGGCAGUGAAGGAGGGCCAACUGGACCGUGUGAGGCCAGGCUGGGGAGAGAGAAAAGGAGCUGGGGGGCUGCAUUGCGAGGCUGGGGAGAAGAUCAAGGGACCUGGCCUGAACUCAUCCCAGGUUGCGGAGAGCCUCAGGCCACAGGAGUCGGGAGUUGUUCGUAUUAUCAGUAGGAACCCACUAAAAUCGUCUUGGGCCAGAGACGAUGAAGGAGAAUCACGCUCUAUGUCUCGAUGACUCUAAAGCCCUGAAGAAACUUCUUCUCAAGGAUGAAGAUGAUAUAAUGGGGGCGCUGUGCCCCAACUGCAGAGACUGGGGAAAAUUAAGGGCAGGGGGACCUCAGGCUGAACACUGAUUUCUUGAGAACAAAACGAAUCUUUAAUCUACAAUGUACAGGUCACAAUAAAUGCUUUUUUUAUCAUGGGGAAGGUGAAAUUAGCAUUUACCGUUCCACGUGAAAAUUCAAACAUUUAUAUCAUGUUGCAGAUGAACCCAGUAGUGAUUGGUAUUGAGUCUUUGUUCAAUAUUAACCACAAUAUUAGGAAACUCCCUACUGAGUAACUUUAGAGGCAUGUAGCACAGAAAGAAGCCAAUUGGCCCGUCAUAUUAUGUGUGCCCUUUGAACGAGUUACCCAGCAAAUCCCAUUCCCCAGUCCCUCUCCUGUUCUUUUUCCAUAGCCCUGCAGACAUCUCCUUUACUAGUAUUUAUCCAAUCCCUUUUCAACAUUACUUUGAAUUUGCUUCCAUCACUAUUUUCAGAUGGUGCAUUCUAGAUUAUAACCAUUUAUUGGGAAAAAAAAAUCUAAUUUCCCUCACCCUCUUGCCAAUUACAUGAAAUCUCUGGCUGCUAGCCCUCCUCUGGUGGGUGUUGUCAGCUUAUUGAAGGAUCCUACUCAUUCGUGCAGUAAUUAUCUUGUCAAAAACGCAAAAAAACAGAAACAACUAAUAGACGUCAUACCAUUUGGCUUCCCACUCAAGGUUCUGCCAAAUUGGGAAGUGGAUAAUUGGAGCUUGGGUGAUAAUAUUUCCAUUGUAAUUUCUCUCAGAGAUUGGCAUUCCCCCAUUCUGGAAUUGGUCCCCAGAUCACCAGGCAAUUAUCACUGGAACAGUCAAGCUAUAUUUUUGAUCAUUUUCAGCACUGAAAGAUGUUGGGUGAAAAGAAACAUUGGAGUAAUUAUUGCCCUCAGAGUGUCAGCUAAUGAAUUGGGGCCAGGAGGAAUUCUGGCAAGUGUCAGGUCCAACAGAACUGAUUUCAACAGAGUCCCAACGAAGCACAGCUACAGCAAACCCCAGCUAAACAGGACUGAACCACAGCAAUGGCUCCUGGUAAAAGCAGAACUAUUUCUCCAACAGAAUGUGGCAACAGGAGGAGAGUUAUGUAAUCCAAAUUGAACUCCCGUCAGUUACACCAGUGUAUGAUGAACAAGGGAUUACCCAGUCAUCUCCAUUUCUGGCCAGGACCUGUGUUGCUGCUGUAUGCAACCAUUAAAAUGACAUUUCUCUGAGAUUUGUCCAAUAUUUGAAUCCACUUGAAUCAUUUUUAAUGGAUGUCUCCACUCAAUGUGGAUGAUAGUGUUUCCCAGUUCCUGAUCAAGCCCCUGACCAACAGGAAUAUCAAAAAUAGGAGCAAGAGAAGGCCAUUCAGUCCCUCAUGCCACCUUGCCAUCCAACUGGUUUGUGGCUGGUCCACCUCACUGUCAUUUUCCAGCAUACCCCCAUAUCUCUUGGUAUCUUCAACAUCUGGAAGGCUUUCAAUAUCUGUCUUGGGCAUAUUUAAUGACUGAGUCUCCAGCACCCUCUGGGGAGUGAAAUUCCAAACAUUCACCACCUUCUGAAUGAAAAAUGUCCUCCUCACCUCAGUCUUUAAUGGCCUACCUCUUAUUUUGAGACUGUGUUUCCUGGAUGUAGACUCCCAGCGAGGGGGAAACAUUGUCCUGGCAGAGAUGAUUCUUGUAAGAACUUUGUAUACUCCAAUGAGGGAUCACUUCUCGUUCUUCUAAACUCGAGAGAGUAAAGAUCUGGUCUCCUCAAUCUCUCUGCAGAGAUUAACCCCAGCAUCUUGCACCUCACUCUGGUAUACCUUCAUUGAUGCACUUCCUCCAUGGCAAGUGUCAAAACUACACACAAGAUCCCCAGGUGCAGUCUCACCCUUGGCUCUGUACCAUUGCAAAAGGUCUUCAGUAAUACUGUACUAAAUCCUCUUCCAACGAAGGUCGAUAUACCAUUUGCCUUCCUGAUUCUUGCAUGUUAGUUUUCAGUGACUCACAAAGAAGGAUGCACAUGCUCCUUUGGAUAUCACUUCCGGUCACUCACCAUUUGAGAAUUAUUAAUUUAUGUUUUCUUACCAAAAGAGAUAACUUCAUAUCUUAGCACAUUAUAUUUCAUUGCUAUGUUCUUGCCUAUUCAUUCAGUUUAUCUAAAUGUCCAUAAAGCUGUUUUGUAUCCUUCCCACAACUUUCUUUCCUACCUAGUUUUGUGGAAAUAUGAGAUUUGGCCCCCAUAUCCAAAUUGUUAAUAUAGAUUGUGAAUACCUGGGACACAAUCACCAGUCAAUGUGUUACCCAACUAGCCACAGCUUGUCAACCCAUUUAUUUCUACUCUCUGUUCUCUGUCUGUUAACCAAUUCUCAAAAUCUGCUAAUAUAUUACCUCACAUUGUUCUGUAAUUUGGCUUAGUCCUUACUAAUCUCAAGUGUUGGACAUAAGCAAAAAUUUGAAAAUCCAAAUACACCACAUCCACUCGUUCUAUUCUUCUAGUUCCAUCUUCAAAUAAAUCUAACAGGUUUGUGAAAAAUAUUUUCCAUUCAUAAGUCAAUGUUAACUCUGCCAAGUCAUCAUAGAUCAUAGAAUCCCGACAGUGCAGAAAGAGGCCAUUUGUCCCAUCAAGUUGUACCGACCUCCUACAGGCAUCCCAGCCUAUACCCAACCCCCCUACUCUAUCCUUCUAAUCCUGCAUUUCCCAUGGCUAAUUCACCUAGCUUUCACAUCUCAGGACACCAUGGGACAAUUUGGCGUUGCCA